GUUAAGAUACCAAACAAAAUCAAACCCAGUUGUUUAUCUAACACAGAGACGACUUCACUCACUCCUAUUCUGACCAGAUCGAACUUCCCGGAUGCAUGGCGUCCCACAUUAAUUCAUGUCUCCGAUGCGCGCCUUCUACGCCGCGUUUAGCGUAUAAUUGUCGCUCAAAAACCCCUAAUUCUCUGUCUCUUAAAUUCAAUAAUUUCUUUCCAUCUUCUGCUGCUCUCCUUAAUUCUCAAAAGAUGUCGUUUUCUAGUCCUUCCCGUUGUACUUAUCUAGCUGUGAAGUCUCACUCUCACAUGGCUACUGAACAAAAGCCCAUUUCAGGAGACAGAAUGCUUGUAUUUGUGCCUCCACAUCCGUUGAUAAAGCACUGGAUAUCGGUUCUUAGAAAUGAGCAAACUCCUUGUCCUAUUUUCAAAAAUGCGUUGGCCGAGCUAGGGAGGCUGCUUAUGUAUGAAGCUUCAAGGGAUUGGCUGCCUACCAUCACUGGGGAGAUUCAGUCACCAAUGGGUGUUGCAUCAGUUGAAUUUAUUGAUCCAAGGGAGCCUGUGGCGGUUAUUCCAAUCCUGAGAGCUGGUCUUGCUCUUGCAGAACAUGCCUCAUCAAUCUUGCCAGCAACAAAAACCUACCAUAUAGGGUUAAGCAGAGAUGAGGAGACACUUCAGCCAUCAAUGUAUUUGAACAAGUUACCUGAAAAGUUUCCCCAAGAUUCUAGAGUAUUUGUGGUAGAUCCUAUGCUUGCAACAGGUGGCACAAUAGUGGCAGCUCUUGACCUUAUUAAGGAACGCGGGGUUGAGAACAGACAAAUAAAAGUGAUAUCUGCGGUGGCUGCUCCUCCUGCCCUUCAAAAGCUCAGCGAGAAGUUUCCAGGGCUUCAUGUUUACACUGGCAUCAUUGAUCCCACAGUCAACGAAAAAGGAUUUAUAGUUCCUGGACUUGGAGAUGCCGGAGAUCGGAGCUUUGGUACAUGAUGUCUUAGGAAGCGGGAGGGAGGAAUCAAGAAUUGGCACUCCAUAUUUGCUUCUUGUGUACACACAAAGUCAUGGUUCGCAAUUUUGGUGUAUUGAGCUUGUCAUCAAUUUGUAAGGUUUGCGGAUUUGUUAACGAUGACCAGAUUUUUUAUGUUGAUAGCCUAUGACGGCAUAUUGAUCCAUAUUUUUGUAAACAAAAAAUACAUUUAAUAAAUAAAAGAAAAUCCUCGAGAAAACAAAUUAUUAUA